AUGCAAUCCGAACAAAUAUUGCAUUUCUUAACAAUCUCUAUCAGUAAAAUAUAUUUUAAAUCUUUCGUGUGGCAUCAUUUGCCCAAGGUAACAUUAGCAGUCCAAUCGUUGAUAUUUACAAACACUAAACGACAACGGACAAGUAUUGCAAAAUCACGUAGAGAGGCUAAGAACACGAUAACAAGCGAAAAUGGUCAUGAACAACAGUAUGACAAUGAUCAACUUAUUUCUAUGAUUCACGGUCUAAUGGACGAACGUGAUGUUCUCUGGCGUGAGAAUGAAUAUUUAAAAGCGAAAUUAAAUGAACCUAUCUUGAUGGAAACAAUCAACGAGAUGAGAAAAGAACGAGACUCACUAUUGAAACUAUUACUUAACCUAACAAGCAAUCGUCAUGAUAAACCUGACCCAUCACAAUAUCCCAAUUCUUCUUCAGACGAAUUUACAAACAAUUAUCCAGCUGAUCUUCUUCCUCCAACAUCUUAUCGAACAUUUAUCACCACUCCGAAUGGUAAAAUAUCGCAUAAUGGUAAUUCACCGAGUAAAAAACCUUCAAGUCAAUCUCGAUCUAGUAAUCGCGACAUUCCUCAAGGUGAAUCGAAACUAUCUCGUCGGAUACAUCGAAUGAAGCCUAAUUCAGACCAACAACCUGCGGUUGUCUAUCGUGUUGAAGGUACAAAGGAAUGUUUGAUGAAUCCAAAUGAAUUAUCAUCCGUCUUUGCGCACGUCAAACAUUCUCAUCCGAAUAAAAAAAUCGUUGUUUAUAAAACUUCGACAACUCCUCAAACACAUGAAUUCAACCAAUUAGUUGACGAAAUGUGUCUUAAACAUGGCGUCGAAUUGAAACAUAGUCAAAACUCUCCAUUUCAGCAAUAUCGUUCUCAAUCUCUGCAAGAUUUAACGUCAACGUCGUUGUCAGUACCAUAUCAACCUGAUUUUGAUUUUCAAUUCCAACCAAUUGAAAAACAAGAAAAAAGUCGAGGAAAUUAUAUGAAAAAGAGUUAA